CGCCCGGGGCACCAGUGCGGGACAUGUGCGGGCCGCGCCGGAUCGGGAGGACACUGACUUGAUGGGACUUUUUGGACCAGUGGCUCCCCGGCUGGAGUGGUGGCUGUUCUCUUUGUUGAGGCUGUGUCUCUGAUGGCAGUUGGUAUUCUUUUCCUUCUAGACACAACCCGAGGGGCUGUUGUGGGGAGGCUGAGCCGCGCCACGCUGUUGGCACGUUGUCAAGAACCACGCUCAGCGCCUUGUUUGUACGCCUCCAAGUUUCAUUGUCUUCCUGACACCCCAUGCUCGGCCCAGGCGCCGCGUGGUUUCUAGUGCUGUUUCUGGGGCAGGGCUUUGCGGUUGAUGUUCUAGGAGACCCUGGCACCUCGCUUUUCCCUGUGGGGGGUCCUUAGCGAAUUCCAGUCGCCUUACCUUUUGUCUAAAAGUUUGUAGUUCCGGGUAUUCUCUCACUCCUCACCGGAUCCUGGCAAUGUUUUUUUUUUCUUCUUUCUUUCUUUUUUUUUUUAAGGGAUGUGUUUUUCACUAUCAAAGGAAUGUGAUCCGGGACCCCCAUACAUAUCGCCCUAGGACGAGCAUAGCUUUGGAGAGAUGGACUUUAAAAUUUUUACUAGUUUCUGAAAGUUUUCCCACGAUGAAUUUAGGACCGCGUGUGCUGUUAGAACACAAGUACCAUGCAGUCAAAAACUGUCCAAGUGUGACAAGCAGGCUUGGUUGUAAGUGCAAAAAGCGAGGCUGUCAUUGUUUCCACCAAAGCUUUACAACUAAAACUUGCCGUCAGUCUGGUUUAAAAACAAAACACACUGGGGAGGAAGGGGGAAAAAAAAACCCCAAAAGGUCAAAGACUGUGAAGUCCCUUUUGAAGCUAACUUUGGAGUCCCUGACUGGGAGGUCCCUCGAGUGUUCCAGUCGUGGACUGGAGUUGGCUUUUUUUUGUUGUGAUUUAUGUGGAGUGGUUCAAAACAGAAGUUAAUCGCUUGGAGAAGCGGGCGGGGGGAAGGGGGCGCUGGUGCGCAUGCCCGGGAGCUUCCUCGAGUUUGUUACUCCACAUUCUUUCAGACCUAGACCGCGACUGCAGUUCCAACGGAACACGGUUAUAGCAGCUGCCGCCAAACACGCUUCCUCACGGGGUUUCUCCGCGCUUCCUACCUUUAUAGAGUUGGGUGGAUGUUAUUCUGUGAGAGACCCCGAAACAUACGGAACUCAUGAAGACCCCGGGUACUUGGUUAAGUCUUGUUGCAGCGUCUGGCAGUGACUCUGAGGAUGAAGACAGCAUGGACAGUCCCCUGGACCUUUCCUCAUCAGCAGCCUCUGGCAAGAGAAGGAGGAGAGGCAAUCUGCCCAAGGAGUCGGUCCAGAUUCUGCGCGACUGGCUGUAUGAACACAGAUACAACGCCUAUCCCUCAGAGCAAGAGAAAGCACUGCUGUCGCAGCAGACACACCUGUCCACACUACAGGUCUGUAACUGGUUCAUCAACGCCCGCCGCAGGCUCCUCCCUGACAUGCUGAGAAAGGAUGGCAAAGAUCCAAAUCAGUUCACGAUUUCCCGCCGUGGGGCCAAGAUUUCAGAAGCUGGCUCUAUUGAAGCUGCAAUGGGUAUCAAAAACUUCAUGCCAACUCUAGAAGAGAGCCCAUUUCAUUCCUGCGUAGUUGGACCCAACCCAACCCUAGGGAGACCAGUGUCUCCCAAACCUCCCUCCCCAGGAUCCAUUUUGGCUCGCCCGUCAGUGAUCUGCCAUACCACUGUGACUGCGUUGAAGGAUGGGCCUUUCUCUCUCUGUCAGCCAAUUGGUGUGGGACAGAGUACAGAUGUGCCGCAAAUAGCACCCAGCAACUUUACAGACACCUCUCUCGUGUACCCAGAGGACACUUGCAAAUCUGGACCCAGUCCAAACCCUCAGAGUGGUCUUUUCAACACUCCUCCCCCUACUCCACCAGACCUCAACCAGGAUUUUAGUGGAUUCCAGCUUCUAGUGGAUGUUGCACUCAAACGGGCGGCAGAGAUGGAGCUUCAGGCCAAACUCACAGCUUAACCGUUUUUUCAAACAAAACAGUUCUCCAAAAUAUGGUCCUGAUUGCCGGGGGUGAUGGCAAGAGAUGCAUUAUUUUAUAUAUUUUUCUAUUAAUAUUUGCACAUGGGAUUGCUCAUCGAAGCUUCCUGUUACUAAGAUGUCUUCAGUGGAAUAGAGUCAUUCCAAGAACUACAAACUAAAGCUACUGUAGAAACAAAGGGUUUUCUUUUCGAAUGUUUCUUGGUAGUUUCUCAUAAUGUGAGACGGUUCCCAGUAUCAUGUGAUCUUCUCCUCCAGACUCCUCCUUUUUAUGUUCCAAGACUGUGCAAUACUUUAGAAGCCCUCGCACCUCUCUCUUCCCAUGUGGAACGUGACGCCCACAUACAGUCUAAAUGAGUAAACUUUCAGUUUUUUGUUUGUUUGUUUUUUUUUAGAUUCAAGCAAGUAUGAAUCUAGUUGUUGGAUACCUUUUUUCAUGAUGUAAUAAAGUAUUUUCUUUAAAAGUUA